GUCAGUGGUGAACAUGGCUGCCUCUGUAAGGUGCGUGAGGACGGCGAUUUGCUCUUUGAGGGCAUUCGGGAACCAAAAUGAACGUCUCUUGUCCACAUCUUUGCCGCGCCUUGCAUCGGGAGGGGAUGUUAAUCAGCCACCAAAAUUCACGCCGCCUACAAAGCCUGUCAUCAUUGACAAAACUCAGACUGGCGGGACGCUCCGCAGGUUCCUGAGCCCUGAGUUUAUCCCUCCGAGGCAAAGAACAAACCCACUGAAAUUCAGAGUAGAGAGGAAAGACAUGAUUCAAAGGCGGAAAGUUCUCAACAUUCCUGAAUUCUACGUCGGAACCAUCUUAGCAGUAACCAUGUCCGACCCAAAUGACAGUGGAAAAAGCAACCGCUUUGUGGGAAUAUGUAUCCAAAGGUCUGGCAAGGGACUUGGGGCCACUUUUGUCCUGAGAAACAUAGUUGAGGGUCAAGGUGUGGAGGUCUGCUACGAGCUGUACAGCCCCCGUAUACAGCAGAUCGAGGUGCUGAAGCUGGAGAAGAGGCUGGACGAUAACCUCAUGUACCUCCGUGACGCACUUCCCGAAUACAGCACUGUGGACUUCAACAUGAAGCCCGUGACCACUUCCCUCAGUGGGGAGGUGCCUGUCAAUGCUCUGAAAGUGAAGAUGAAGCCCAAGCCGUGGUCCAAGCGCUGGGAGAGGCCCAAGUUCAACAUCCAGGGCAUCCGCUUCGACCUGUGCCUGUCCCCGGAGAAGAUGGAGGAGGCCAAGAAGUGGGAUAAGCCCUGGCUGGAGUACGACAUGCUGAAGGAGUACGACACCACCCAGCUGGAGAAGAGCGUUUGGCAGGAGGUGCAGCAAGAGAUGAGCAAGUGAAGUGCCCCCCUGGGCAACUGCAGAGACAAAGGGGAGGGCAGCGAUUACAUCAGAAUAUAAGUUCACCAGUCUUGGGCUCAGAGGGCCACAGUCCAGCAGUCUUUAAGAUCACUAGAACUCUCUAAGUUAGAAACAGUGGCUAUGAUGGAUUGGUUCAAUCAUCUGUUACACUGAGAAAAGACCCCCUACUAGCCUUAUUUCAUAUGAAAGCUCUCAUUGAUGAAACGGAUUAAUACAUCUGGGCUCAGGUGGACUCCAGAACUCCAGGCCCUGGUAAAAGGCAGUGGUUUCUUAUGUUUCUGAAUUUGCACUUCAAAGGAAACUUUUCCAUCCUGAGCUGCAAAAUAUAUUAUAUAAAUGACACAACUGGGUUGUAUUUUAUUUGUGCUGCAUAUUAUUGUGGUAAUCACCUCUUUGUUGUAUUUUCACAUGGACAUAGGAAAUUUGAAUUUUGGAUAUCAAACU